AUGAUAUCAGGUAGUCCCUUAUUUUUGCAACAACAAUCUAGCAGAAAUAUUAAACCUGUAAUAAAAUGGAAACCACAAACAGAUACAUGGAGUUGGACUGGAACACCUCGUAAUGAUGAACCUUUUUUCAUGCCUUUGAAUUUCACUCAUAAACUACCUCCAUCCGCAAAUGAAACGGAACUUAUUGCCCAUAUGGCUGCUUUAAAAAGAAACUACUCCCGGUUAUUGUGGGAUAGUGAUAAAAGUUCUAAUUUACCCCUCUUCGUAGACAAAGCAUUAAAAUUAUUAAAUUUAAAACAAGUAUACUAUGAAGUCGAACAUUCUGUUAUGUCCAAAGUUUCUUGCACAGCAUGUAAAGCUGGUGCAGGUCUUUUACAACACUAUAUGAGACUUGGCAAAAGUAAAGAUGAGAUUAAUAAAAUGAUUUAUCAGUUCUGCGUUUCAUUAAAUAUUCAGUCUGCUAGAGUUUGCGAAGGCAUUACUAGGCUUUUUGGGAGUGAAGUAGUGUAUGUUCUUAAACGUAUAACACUUGGGCCAGAUGAAAUCUGCAGUUUUGUAAUUGGAGACGCUUGCGGCGAUGUUUACAAUCCAUAUCACGAAUGGGAAGUGGCAUUCCCUCCGGUACCGAAACCAGUAGCACGACCUUUAGAAGCUCCAGUUGAUAAAGCUCCAACCUUCAAAGUCUUACAAAUUUCUGAUACGCAUUUCGAUCCGUACUACGCUGAAGGCGCAAAUGCUGAAUGUAAUGAACCUCUUUGUUGUCGCGCGUCCAGUGGCCCUGUGAUAAGUCCCGGUGGUGGCGCAGGUCGGUGGGGAGACUAUCGAAAAUGUGAUACACCGAAGCGUACUAUCGAUCACAUGUUGAAACAUAUAGCUGAUACUCAUACCGAUAUAGAUUAUAUUUUAUGGACUGGAGAUUUACCCCCACAUGACGUAUGGAAUCAAACAAAGGAAGAAAAUCUCAAAGUCCUUCAAGAAACUGUAGCACAAAUGUCUGACAUGUUUCCUGGCGUUCCUAUUUUCCCUGCGCUUGGAAACCACGAGUCUUCACCGGUAAACAGUUUCCCACCGCCAUACAUUUCGUCACCAGAGUCGAACAUCGCGUGGCUCUACAACGAACUGGACACACAAUGGCGACGCUGGCUGCCUGCCGGAGUGUCCCACACCGUCCGCCGCGGUGCAUUCUAUUCUGUUCUUGUUCGACCUGGAUUCAGAAUCAUAUCACUUAAUAUGAACUAUUGUAAUAAUAAAAAUUGGUGGCUCCUAUUAAACAGUACGGAUCCAGCAACGGAAUUACAGUGGCUUAUUUAUGAGUUACAGUCUGCAGAAUUUAGCGGGGAAAAGGUUCAUAUAAUCGGUCAUAUACCACCUGGACAUUCUGAUUGUAUUAAAGUCUGGAGUAGGAAUUAUUACGCUAUUAUUAAUCGAUAUGAAUCUACAAUAACUGCACAAUUUUUCGGCCACACUCACUUUGAUGAAUUAGAAGUGUUUUACGAUCCAAAUGAUUUAGGAAGAGCAACAAGUAUAGCGUAUGUGGGACCAUCAGUAUCACCAUAUUAUGAUUUAAAUUUAGGAUAUCGAAUAUAUUAUGUUGAUGGAGAUCAUGACGCUACAACUAGAUUAGUAGUUGACCAUGAAACAUGGAUUAUGAAUUUAAAAGAAGCAAACCUUUUUGGCUAUCCAAUUUGGUAUAAACUUUAUUCGGCGCGCUCUGCCUACAUGAUGCCGUCGCUACGCCCGCAGGACUGGGACAAAUUCAUUGAUGAUAUGACUUCUAAAGAAGAUAUUUUCAACUUAUAUCACAAACAUUACUGGAAGAACAGUCCGCGCCGUGGUACUUGCGACGGGGAAUGCCGUAAGCGGUUGAUAUGCGACGCGCGCUCGGGCCGCUCGCACGACCGCCGCGCGCUGUGCGGGCACAUCGAGGCGCGGAUAGACGGCGCGUCCCCCGCGCCGCAGACAUGGCGCGCCUGGCUCUACAACGGCCUGUCUGUCUCACCUAGUGUACAACAAAUUAUCUCGCUUCCUUUCAUUCCUGACUUCUUUUAUAAUAAAAUUUUCAUAGAAUGUCAAUGU